AUCCUAAAACCUCGCCAAAACCCUCUGCUGUUGCUUUUCUCUACCGGUAAGAGAGGGGAGAGCAAAAAUGUCCCUCUCUCGUCUUCUUUCACUCAAAUUGCGACCGUUAAUCAACACAGUAGAAUGUAGAAGAUGGUGUUCUUCCGUGAAUGGUAAGGGUGAAAUUUCACAGCCGUUGAAGAAAUCAGAAGUGGUGGAGCAGCUGAAAGCCAGGGAUGUGGAGAUAACUGAAAAGAAGCUUAUGACUGAAAAUGAAGAGGUCUUUCCUAGAGAAACACGUGUCCAGAAGGAAGUAGAUCCGUGGAAUAGUUUGGUAGCGGCCUUUCAAAUAACUAAAAAGAAGAUAUUUGGAAAUAUUUUGGAGCAGAAGAGCAGUAGCUCUCAUGCGUUAACUUCCACUUCUGAUCUUAAGGAUUCUGAUAAUGUUGUAUCUGCUUAUAGCCAUGAUAGUGGAAGUAUGAAUAAUCUUAAGAGUACAAUUCAUUCAGAAAAGACAUCUAUAACAAAUAUGGAAGAAAAUAUUGACAGUAAAACAUCUCUGUCUUCUUUUAUAGCUGUUGAGAUUGUUAAUAUGAAAAACACUUCAAAUACAGUUGUGACUGAGGAAUUGCUAAAUAUCUCUUCAAAAGAAUGUGAAGGAAGCACUGACUACGGGGUAAAUGACAUGUCUGGUGCAUCAUCUAUCUGUGGAAAAGCCGAUUCCAACGACGGUGUUCAACUGAUUAAUGAUUUCCGUCAUUCAGAGUUCGUUAAGAAAGAUAGAGAGCAAUUGCUAGCUGAGGAAGCAUCAUCAAGUGUACAAAUCAGUUCUGGCGAAGAGAUCCUGUCAAAAUCUGAGGACGCAUGUAUCGUAGAACAUCGGAUGCAAAUUGAGAUACCUAGGACAUCACAUAGAAUUUCUGCAAAUAAAUCUGGUUCAACUGCAUCUGAAAGCCAGGAGGAGGACAUUAUGAAGAAGUUCAAAUUUUCAAUCAAUCAGAUCAUUGCCCCAAAGAGUGAAAAAUCUGUACCUAGAGAGUUUGAGCACCUUAAUGAAACUUCUCAGAAUACUUUCGGCAAGAGUGGCGACAUAAAGGGCUUAAUAGAAUGUAUUAGGGUGCUCCCUCCUCAGAAUCAUUCUGUUGUUAGGCCUGAGGAAAUUGUUGUUGACAGAAGUGUUGACAGAUAUAGUGAAAGAAAGGCAAGUAACAGCACCCAAGCACAAACUAACAAGCAGUCAACUGACAGGAAAAAAAGAAAGACUUCAUCUCAGGGUGUGAUUGGAAAGAAGGGUGGGAUAUCUAGCGAAGUCGUUGAAGAUCUCAACCUUGGUGAUANUCAUUCUGUUGUUAGGCCUGAGGAAAUUGUUGUUGACAGAAGUGUUGACAGAUAUAGUGAAAGAAAGGCAAGUAACAGCACCCAAGUGCAAACUAACAAGCAGUCAACUGACAGGAAAAAAAGAAAGACUUCAUCUCAGGGUGUGAUUGGAAAGAAGGGUGGGAUAUCUAGCGAAGUCGUUGAAGAUCUCAACCCUGGUGAUGUAAGAACAGAGAUCAGGAAUACUGCACCUCGUGAUUUCUUCAAGUCAAUAGAAACUAAAGAGAUUACAUCUUUGAGGGAAAAGGGUAACCUGAACAAGGAUGAGGAUGCCUCUUUAUCUGAAAACUUAUCAGAUGAAAACAAAAUGACUAUAAAGUUUGUGAAUGUAAAAGCUACAGAACAGGAUGUCUGUGACGGUUUCAAGGGUUGUGGGGCUAUUACAAAGGUUGUGUUUCCAAGUGUCAUAUCAACUAAUUAUAAAGUUGCACACAUUUAUUUUGAGUCCAAAAAAGGAAAGCAAAAGGCUCUUAAAUGGUCUGAUACGGUCAUUAGGAAUGUAGUAGUUGUGGAGGCCACUUUUCCUCCAAAAGGGAGAGAGAGGAUGUGUAUACCUGAUUUAAUUGGUCAUCCAGAAUUUCCCACCUCAUUAGUAAAGCAUCCUUCAAGGACAGUUAUGAUAAAAGAAUUGAAGCACAAUGUGUCCUUUCAUGACAUCGAAGAAGCUCUAGCCUUCUGCGGAAGCAACAUAACUGGAAUUUUCUUUGGUUCGUCAAGCUCCGUUGCUUAUGUGGAAUUUGAGACAGUAGAGGGCAAAGAAAUUGCUAUUGCGAAACAUUCAUUGAUCAUGCUUGGAGAGACACUAUCAAUCUUGCGAAUCGAUGCACCAAGAACAACCAUUGUAAGGAUAUCAAAUAUCCCUGUCCCUUCCAGGGCCAAAGUGAUCUCCUUUUGCAAAAAACUGGGACAGACUAGGCAAUUCUUCACGAAAGCUUUUGGCGUCAUGGACGUGCAUUUCAAAUUUGCUGACUGGCCAAGAAUGUUAGAGAUUAUAAACAGGCUGAACGGAAUUGAAGUAGAUGGUCAGCAGUUGGUAGCUAAACCUGCACCGAUCUAUCCCCCGGAUGUCCUUAAGGUUCUCUGGAGUCAACCAGAGGGGAGAAAGCAUUUGAAAACCACAUUCAACAGCUUGCUGCAGAAAGUAGGUGGAGGGAGUACAGUUGGUUUAACAGAACUUGUAGAUAAAUUUUAUGCUGAUGUACAAGAAACAUAAUUAACAU